AUGAUUCGAUUGCAGACGCAGUUGUUGAGUUCGGCUAUGUUACCACAGCUUGCCGUCUCUGCAAAGAUAUUGUGCCUCCUGAUGGUGGUGAUCUGCGGUGCGGUGCCAUCGAUGGUCCGGUCUGUGCGCCUCUACAGCCAGUGCUCGCAUAUGUACGUCAACGUGUUCGCCAACGGGACCGUCAUGGCCCGCUCCGAUGGAAACGACCAUCCGAAUCUCACCAUCAGCACUCGCGGCGUGAAUCUAGAACUGCUCAUCUACUCACCCGUACAAGACAUGUAUCUCUGCUUCAACCGAUCCAGACUGGUCGGCCGACGUCUGUCUCGGUUCCAAGCGGAGAGGCAGCAGAACUGCCUGUUCAAAGAGGAGUUUGUGGACGGCUACAGCACGUUCCACCUGGUGAGGAACGACGACCGCUACAUCGGGUUCAACAGGCGCGGCGCGCAGCUGCGCCGGCUGAAGAGCCGCCUCUCAAAGCGCGCCCACAACUGCUUCGCGUUCAUGAAGGAGAACCAGGACUUCGACAUAAACAGGCACAACACUAUGGUCGCCGCCGACGUGCCGAGGCGCCCGCAGCGUAGGCUCCGGCCGCCGGCGCAGAACUCCAUAAAGCCGCCGUGCCACGGCGUCCGCCACCACCACGGCAGGCACCAGAGGCGGAGGAACUGCGAAGGCACCCGAGGCGGGCGAGAGCAAACACCCGGACGGGGACACGCCCCGGCCGCGCCGGACGUAGAUGUGAAAUUCCCCAAGGGCGUGCAACAUCGCGGCGCUCGUUUGCUCUCGCGGCCGCGCAUCGACUCGUGCUCCAAAAGGAAAAAAGGUCUCCUGGGGAAAGAGCAAACAGUUGUAUCGCUAGUCACGAGUCUUCCGACAGACCACCGC